AUGCAGGUGAAAUUAACGAGAUCCACUCCCCUCACAUCGCAUGCUGACUGGAUCGAUCCGUGCAGAAUCCGCAAGAUCAAAUGUGACGAGGCGAGGCCGGGCUGUCAACGAUGCAUCGGCACUGGUCGCAAAUGCGAUGGCUAUGGAGACACAGACAGUGUGACCAAGCAGACACUCAUCAUUCGAGAGCGUCCACUUAUCACACGUGCUCUCAAUCACGAUCUUGGGGUAGAGCUGAGCUUGCAUGCUUUUGACUACUAUCGAGGUCAUGUCUCUCACCAAGUUGGCGACACGAUAGACAGCGACUUCUGGGGUGAUCUAGUACUACGACUUGCACCUACCGAUGCCGCGAUACGGCAUGCCAUCUCAGCAAUCAGCUUAAUGUAUGCUGAAAAGACAAAGGAUACAAGAGACAUCUGUCCCAACUACAGACCCGCCAUCUUGGAAUACAAUAAAGCCAUCCUCGCCGUUCGGUCAUGGCCCUUGGCGACGGAGUCGAGAGUUAAGCCUCUACUCGUAUGCUUGCUCUUUGUCUGUAUUGAGUUCAUGCUAGGUCAUGAGCAUCAAAACGCAGCCAAGAUGCACAUACUUCAAGGAAGAAGGCUUCUUGCAAACAUCAAGGACCGCAAAACACCAGAGACUGACAUCAUUCGACAAUACUUGGCCCCCAUAUACUUACGAGUUGCAUAUGUCGGUAAUGAUAGAGUUGAAGUCCCACGGCACCUCUUACAAAUGACGACGGCGCCGCUCAAAUUCGCUUCCUUGGCUGACGCGCGAUGCGUCUUAUAUUACCUCGUCGAUAUCGGAUUCACUCUUAUCUAUAAGGUCAAGUCGUGCCGCUCAAAGGGCGCCAAUGAAGAAGUUUCGGAUACUGAGGAACAUACUCUGCAGUCAAGGUACAAACAUCUCACCCGUGAGCUGGCGAACUGGCGUCAUGCCUUUGAAGCGUACCUUGCGUUUAGUGAUCUUGAUGGGUUAGACACAAGAACUGCAAAGCUUCUUACACAGAGGCACUGUCUCAUGAUAGUGUUCCUCGACUCGAUGAUUUCAGGGUCAGACUAUGUGUGCGAUAGGAACGGUCUAUGCGAUUUGUCCAUUGCCACUGAUUGUGCAACUUUUGUGGUAAAUUACGACAAUGAUAACAUGCAAGGGCCAUCAUUCACCUUUGAAAGUGAGGUUGUUGGGCCGGUUUACUGGAUAGCUGCCAAAUGUCGACAACCUCUCAUUCGGAGAAGAGCACUCGGACUGCUUUACGAGCGAGAAAAGACCAAUCGGGUGGAGAGUCUUACAAUGGUUAGGCAUACCAUUGCCAUGGCUACAAGGGUUAUCGAGAUCGAGGAGGAGGGACUCGAGAUAUCACGUGGCACUAAACUUAUCCAAGAUUACCCAAACAAGUAUGAGAUUAUCUCAAGAGAAGAGUCUUGCGAAUGGGCUGAGAGCUUUCUGACAGACCAGAAAGAACAGUGGCCUGUGCUAUGGGACCUUGGAAGUCACUGCUCUGACGUUCCAACCAAGUUGGCCAGGAUUACUGCUGUGAGGGAACAGAAAGAACUCGCUGAAGGUUUGGCUAGAGGCUGGCCUAGAGAACGGCUUAUCUGGCCGUAUGGAAUUACCAAAGAACGGAGAGUGUUAAGUGUUGUCGUCAAGAAACACACUGCCGAUGAUCUCUGGCUUGACAAGAUGUCGAAACUCUUCCAGCCUCUUGAGGUCGCUGGCUGCUACUUGAAGCAUCGCAUGGUUAUGGCGCCUCUUACCCGGUUCCGUGCCGAAGAUAAUUAUGUUCCCACGGACAUGAUGAAAGAGUACUACACUCAACGAGCCUCUGUUCCUGGAACCCUCCUGAUCAGCGAAGGCACCCAGAUUUCCGAGCGUACUCUCGGAAUCAGGAAUGUGCCAGGGAUCUGGUCUCCGGCCCAGAUUGCUGCUUGGCGCGAAAUCACCGACGCUGUCCAUGCUAAAGGGUCUUACAUCUGGUGCCAGCUAUGGGUCCUAGGCCGCGCUAGUAACCCUACUCUCAGGAGCGAGCUGGGCCUUGAUAUCCUCGGCCCCAGUCCUAUAGCAAGCUCUCCGGAUCAUCCACUCCCUCGAGAGAUGUCUGAAGCGGAGAUCCAAGAAGUUAUCGAGGACUACCGUAUUGCUGCGAGAAACGCUAUUGAGGCCGGGUUUGAUGGAGUUGAGAUUCAAGGCGGUGGUGGAUACUUGCCUGACCAGUUUCUUCAAGAUGUCACCAAUAAGAGGACAGACCGUUGGGGUGGCAGCAUUGAAAACCGCGCCAGGUUCCCUCUCGAGGUUGUCAAAGCAACUGCGCAGGAGAUUGGAUCCAGCAAGGUGGCCAUGCGCUUGAGCCCAUGGAGCGACUUCAUAGGCAUGGGCAUGGACGACCCUAUCCCGACUUUCACUUACAUCGUCCAGCAGCUCCGCUCCCUAAAUAUUGGAUUCCUUGACCUGAUUGAGGCCCGUAUCCGGGGAAACGACGAUGCUGACUGCGGCGGGGACAAUGAUGUGUCUUUCGCCGUUCAUGCCUGGGGCAAGGAAGCGCCCGUUAUGAUUAGCGGAGGAUUCAAUGGCGAGUCUGCGCAAAAGGCUGUCGAUGAGACUUACAAAGACUACAAGCUGGCUAUUGUCUUUGGUCGCCACUGGACAAGCAACCCUGAUCUGCCUUUCCGCAUAAAGGCGAAGAUUCCGCUUGCCAAAUAUGACCGCUCAACUUUCUACACGCCGAAGAGUAGUAAGGGCUAUGACGACUGGGCGUUCAGUGAUGAGUUUUUAGCAUCAGUCGCCACUAUCCUGACUGCUAAAUAG